ACCGGGUACAGCCCGUGAAAAAGGCAGACCCUCCUCUCAAUCUCGGCUUCAUCAAUUCCCCCGCUCUUUUCUUCGCAAUGGACAUUCCGCAAGCACAGGAAGGAGAAGCAGUGGCCCGUCCAACCAAACGAAAGAGGGUCGCUUUGGCAUGUGAUACCUGUCGGGAACGCAAGAUCAAGUGCGAUGGGUCGAAGCCUGUGUGUAAUCCCUGCAGAAAACGAGGGGAACCGUCUGCGCGAUGCGUUUACACUGUUAUUGCUGGGACUGCAAAGCAGCUCAGUGAGCAAGAGUACAUCGCUUCAUUGCAGAAACAGGUGCAGGACAUGCAAUUGGUAAUUGACCAGCUACGCCAAGAUGCAGAACUCACCCCCAAAAGCCCCAGAGACAGACCCGGUACAAUUCACGCCACUACAAACGGCCCAAGCCCCGUAAGCACAAUGGGCGCUACGACCCUCACUCUCAACCGUCAAGAGGAUGAAUUCUUCGGUCAAUCCUCGGUGCACUCCCUUCUCCGAGAGGUUCCCCAUCCCGAUCGCCACCGGCCAGCGGUCCCACUUCGGAACCGGGACCGGAGUUCCGCGACGUCACUUCUAACAGCUGAGUUUGCUCUACCGCCGCGACAAGUAGCUGACAAGUUUCUGGACUUGUACUUUGAUAGUGUGCAUAUUUUCUAUCCUUGGUGUCAUUCGACGUGGUUUAGGAAACGGUAUGAGGCGUUAUGGACGUCGACUGGCUAUCCGGGGGCGGAGAUGGGUCAAGCUGGUGAUAUUGGCGUGGGAGGAGAUCAGUGUCCUGAAACUUCCUUCUUCUGCGUUUUGAACGCGAUGUUCGCUCUGGGAUGCGAGUUUUCAGAUUCGCCGGAAAAAGAAUCUGCUUCGGCGAUGUUUAGCUCUAGGAUGAGGAGCUUGUUGCAGAUGGAUAUCCUUGAUAAAGGUGACUUGUCGCAUGUGCAGGCGUUGCUGCUGGCAGGUCACUAUGCGCUUUCGAGCGAGUAUCCUAUUAGAUGCUAUAAUAUCAUCGGCCUUGCUUGUCGGAUAGCUGUUGGGCUGGGGUUACAUACAGAGAGGCAUGCUGAUCAGCGAUCUGUUAUGGAGAACGAAGUGCGUCGAAGAGUCUGGUAUGGAUGUUUACAGAUGGAGAUGACAGUUUGCAUGACUCUGGGAAGGCCUCCAGUUCUCCAAAUGACAGACGAUGUUCUCGUACCCGCCGCAGUCGACGACGAGUUCAUAUGUCCCAAUUCCAUCUCAUGCGUCCAACCGGAAGGAACAGUAUCACAGAACCUUUUUGUGGUAGAGAACAUCCGACUUGCCAAGAUCCUCGGCAAAAUUCUCUCGUCAAUCUACUGGCCAAGCUCAUCUUCCGACUUCAGCGCCCUCGUUCGACUAGACGGGCUUCUAGAAGAUUUCCGGAAUUCCCUGGUCGAUGAUUUAACAUGGUGGGACAAUGACACGGUGAGACAACAAGGAGCUAGAGGCCAUGUUUUGAAGCGGCAGAGAAAUGUAUUACACGCACGGUUUCUCCAUCUUAGGAUUUUGCUGUACAGACCAAGCUUUAGUGCAUUCUGCGCUGCUGCGAGACGUUCACGACAACGACGAGUUACAGGCUCUGGCUUGGAUGAAACUGGAACAGAGGCGAAUACUUUGCAGGGAGCAUUCCAAGCUCAGUGCGCGACGACAUGCGUUCAGGUGGCGUACGAGCUAUCAGCGUCUCUGCUGGCUGCAAGGGAAGUGGAGGCGACUGGAGCAUGGUGGUUCAGUCUAUUCUAUCUCAUGACAUGCGGCGGCAUAAUCAUCCUCGCCGAGUGUGCUCAGGCCGGAGGAAGCAAACACUUUAACCAGCAGCAGCUCGAUGCGACGUGGGAGAACACGACGGUGCUCCUACGAGUUAUCGGCAGGGAGAAUGCCCGGGCGAGAGGUUAUUUGGAGCAUCUACUACUUCUGAAAGACCAAGCACGUUCCGCAUAUUUCUCAAUCCGCAACUCUGCAAUGCCGUCGCGUGCACCGUCUCGCAGACCCUCAGUUAGCAUCCAAGGCUGCCCGGAGGAACGCAUGGAUGAAGUCCCUCCUGAUACGGCGGAAAGUCAGACGGAACAGGUCGACUUCAUGGCAUCAUUGUUCCAAGAUAACUGGGACUGGAGUCUCGACGGUGGAAUGCCUACAUACGGCGGUCUUGGAUUCGGGGAUGAGUUUAUAUUCCCCCUACCUAGUUGGCCAGCUUAACCAUUCCAACAAUUUCCCAAGUCAGCGGUCUCACAGCCCUGUCCAAUAUCGUGUCUCCGGGUUUGUAACGCUGACAGUCUGGAGUGUCUCCGCGGAACUGAAGCAAAUAUGUAGACGAAACUCCCCUUGUGGCAUCUUCCACUUGUCCACCGCGGUAUCAAAGUAGCUAAAUGCGUACUUGUCCAGCUUGAACGUAACCUCUUCUGUUUGCCCAGCCGAGACGAACACUUUGCAGUACGAUCG